CACCAACACCACCCCGCGAUUGCCUCUCUAACUCUAUGUGCCGCAUGCGAUCCUACCAUCUUUGCUCUCUACUUCUUUUUUACUUCUUUGUUUGGUUUGGUCGGAUAUAACUUUUUAAUCGACACAAAAACACUCCAUUCAGUUUCAUUCUCCUACUCCAUCCUGAUGUAUUCAUAAAUGAAUUUGUGGAUUUUGUCUUCCGCAUGUUGAAGAAUAUUGUUUUUUUCUGGAAGAGUGAUUCGCAGAAAAGGAAAUGUAAAAGCAAGGACUGUCGAAAUAAAAAGAUACCCAGAUUUCAUCUGGUUAUCAACUCAAACCGAUAACGACGAAAACCUCAGUAACAAAAGUAAGGAAGAAGAUGGUGAAUCUACACCAACUGCUUGCAAAAUGCAAAAGCCUCAACCAUGUAAAGCAACUGCAAGUCUUUAUCAUCACCCUGGGAUACACCCAAAAUCAGCUCUACGCCUUCAAGCUCGUCCGCUUCUGCCUUGUCACUCUUGACAACCUUCCCUAUGGUCGCCUCAUCUUCGACUGUCUCAGCUCCCCCAAUGUGUACCUCUUCGCUGCCAUGAUCACCGGUUAUGCCUCCCAAUCCCACCACCAUUCUGCUUUUCUGUUGUACCAAUCCAUGCUUCGUCAGGGAAGCGCUCGACCCAACCAGUUUAUCUACCCCCACGUCUUGAAAUCUUGUCCAGAGGUUUUUGAGUCUCAUGGCACUGCUUUGAUGCACACGCACAUUACGAAAUCGGGUUUUGGUCAAUACCCAGUUGUACAAACAGCUCUUGUUGAUUCCUACUCAAGGUUCCGCUCAGAUGUUGGCUCAGCAAGACAGGUAUUUGAUGAAAUGUCUGAGAAAAAUGUCGUGUCCUGGACGGCUAUGAUUUCUGGGUACACUAGAGUUGGGGACAUUGGCAGUGCUAUUUUGUUGUUUGAGAAAAUGCCGGAGAGAGAUGUCCCUGCUUGGAAUGCUGUUAUUGCUGGGUGCACGCAGAACGGCCAGUUCUCGGAGGCAAUUUAUCUGUUCAAAAGAAUGUUACUUCUUGCGCAUGGGGGGCAACAUCUAGAAAAUAGGCCAAACCAGGUUACAGCUGUUUGUUUACUUUCAGCUUGUAGUCACACUGGCAUGCUGCAGCUUGGUAAAUGGAUCCACAGCUAUAUUUACAAAAAUGCGCUUGGUCCAGAUUCAUUUGUUUCCAAUGCUCUAGUGGAUAUGUAUGGGAAAUGUGGGAGCUUAAAAGUGGCAAGAAGGGUUUUUGACAGGACCUCACGAAAAAGCUUGACAUCUUGGAAUUCCAUGAUCAACUCUUAUGCUCUGCACGGCCAAAGCAACGAUGCAAUUGGUGUGUUUGAAGAAAUGAUACGGUGUGGGGCUGAUGUUAGACCGGACGAGGUCACUUUUGUUGGCUUAUUCAAUGCUUGUACUCAUGGAGGAUUGGUAGAGCAAGGUAUUUCUUAUUUUGAUUUGAUGACUCGGGGUUACGGGAUUGAGCCUCAGAUAGAACACUAUGGAUGCUUGAUAGACCUUCUUGGUCGAGCAGGUCGAUUUGAGGAAGCCAUGGAAGUUGUGAGGGGAAUGAGAAUUGAACCUGAUGAGGUUGUAUGGGGUUCUCUGCUUAAUGGAUGUAAGAUUUAUGGUCGUACUGAUCUCGCAGAAGUUGCAGUUAAAAAUUUAAUUCAAAUUGAUCCUAAUAAUGGUGGUUAUGGUAUCAUGUUGGCCAAUAUAUAUGGGCAGUUGGGGAAGUGGGAUGACGUCCGGAAGGUGAGAAAGGUGUUGAGGGAGCGAAAUGCUUAUAAAACCCCAGGUUGCAGUUGGAUUGAGGUUGAUAACCAAGUUUACCAAUUUUAUUCCGUUGACAAAUCACAUCCUAGAACGGAAGAGAUCUACCAAAUCCUAGACACGCUUGUUGGUUUUAUCAUUUUGAAGUCAAGUUGCAAUUGAUCUCGAAUUCUCAAACUCCUCUUAUUUCUUCCCAACCCAUGAACUCUGCUUAAAAGCCCAAAUUUGGUUCAACAGUUCAAGCAAGGUUAUUUGGUUCCUACCUACUAUAUAACCACAUUUACAUAUAAAAGGUCUAGGUGUCUUAGCGCAACAAUAUGACUUACUCCGAGUGACUUGGUGUGGAGCUUCAAGUCUGGAAAUAUAUAUAUGCCGACCACUUGCAUUGGCCCUCCAUUUCUCUGGAAAUGAGGUUAUGGCAGAGUAUGUUUUUGCCUUACUGAGCCUCGCAUUGGUGAGAAACUCGUAUACUGGACCACCCUUUUCUGAGUUGUAUUAAGGACACCCCCUUACGUGCACAUAAGGAGGGCAUCAAUCAAACUUACAAUACUGCAACUUAUGCUAGUUAUUAUUUUUCUUUUUUCACUCUAACAAGGUAAGCUACAAAGUCAAGGGUGGCCUUUAUUUCAGUUAAA